AUGGAUGAUGAUUAUAAUGUGAUCUCUACCGGAUACGGAGACGAUGGCGGAGAACUGCAGUAUCCAGAUGAUGGAGCGGGUGAUGGUGAGGUUUUCGCAAGAAAUGGAAGCGAUGAGAACGAAAGACGGCGAGAUGUGUUGAAUGCACUUGAAGAAACUGGUUUGUCGCGAAAACGAAGAUUUGUGGAAGUCGAAGAGGUUUAUGGCAAAGAUGGACGGCUUUCUCAUCCGCUGGAUUGGCACAUGAGAAUGCCGUUAUUGGGCGAGCAAUUCGAUGAUGGUCGCCGUCUGAAUGUGGCGAAACGGCGAGCACUCGAUGAGCUUGAGAAGAAAAUCAACGAGGCGGCCGUCGAGCGAAACGACGAGCGCGACGAGAGCAUCAUCGGCGAUGAUUUGACGACGUCUGACGCGAAUUCUGUUAGCGCGCUUUGCGAUGAGGAAUUGACGAGAAGAUUCGGAAGAAAACGAGAGAUAAUGAGUACUCCGCCAAUCGACGGUAGUCCAUGGAUCGGAAUCAGCGACGCUGUCAUCGGCAAAAGAAUGUACAUCCGAAUGAUUCGAGAUUCAAGUCGAAUGGAGCCAUUCAUUGACUCGAUAACGAAACAAAUGACGACAUCGAAACUUGGCUAUCGCGCUUUCGAGAAAGUGAUGAAAGAGGCGGAUGAGUUGCGGCACAAGAAACUCGAGGCGGCGAAGAAGGCGCGAGAAGAGCAAAUGCAGAAAAUGAUACAUGGAGAGGAGAUUGUCGGCGGUUCGUCGGCUUCUUCGGAGCCGAACAGUGCACUAUGGGUCAACAAAUACUCGGCGAGAAAUUUUGCCGAACUGCUGUCAGACGAUACCGUCAAUCGCAACAUUCUAACCUGGCUCAAAUUGUGGGACGAGUGCGUGUUCAAGAGGAACAUCGACAGUCUGCUGAGUAGUGUUCCCGAAAAACUGCGCGACGUGUUCCAGAUGGACAACGGCAAAGUGCGGCGUCCCGCGUUCAAAAUGGUCCUUCUCGCCGGACCGGCGGGUCUCGGAAAAACGACGCUCGCCAAAAUUGUGGCUCGUCAGGCCGGCUACACGACCGUCGAUGUGAAUUCGAGCGACGCUCGAACGGUCGCCGAUUUGAAUCGUGUUCUCGAGGGCGCUGUGAAAAUCGCGCGAACGCUCGACGCGGACUCUCGACCAAAUUGUUUGAUUCUCGACGAGAUCGACGGAGCGCCAAUUGACACAAUUCGCCAUUUGAUCAGAUGCCUUCAAGCGGUUGGAAAAAAAGCGAUUCGACGGCCCAUCAUCGGAAUUUGCAACAAUUUGUAA